CUUUUCUCUUCGUAAUGUUGUCCACAAUAUUUCCUAUUUUUAUCAAUUCGUAGAAACAAUUGUGAUUUAAAUGAAUACCGAAUUAAUAUAUUUUAUAUAACAUAUGUGUAAACUAUACGAACAAAUGCUAAAAGAAUUAUUUUUCGUUAUAACUCUGUCUGUGAUAUAGUCUUCUGAUUAUUGAUUAAUUAUAGUUUAGUAAUAAUAUAAGAGAUAUAAAGUCAUUAUGGCUGCCGAAGCAGUCAAAGUGAUAGUCCGGUGCCGUCCUAUCAAUCAAAGAGAGAAGGAUCUGAAAUGCAAAAUUAUUGUGGAUAUCGAUCAGUCGUGCGGUCAGUGCUCGAUAACAAACCCAAACGACACGACAGCGGCUCCCAAAACCUUUUCAUACGAUGGCGCCUACUUUACCGACUCAUUCACCGAACAAAUCUAUAAUGAAAUCGCUUUCCCUUUAGUUGAGAGCGUUACGGAAGGAUAUAAUGGCACAGUCUUUGCUUACGGACAAACUGGAUGUGGAAAGUCAUUCACAAUGCAAGGCAUUACUUCACCCGCUUCUCAAAGAGGCAUUAUUCCCAGGGCUUUUGAGCAUAUAUUCGAAGCGAUAGCGACCGCAGAAAAUACAAAAUUUUUGGUUUUCGCGUCUUAUCUGGAGAUAUAUAACGAAGAAAUCCGCGAUUUGUUAGGAAAAGACGCUAAAAAGAAACUCGAACUGAAAGAGCAUAACGACACCGGAGUGUAUGUGACAAACCUGUCGAUGCAUACCGUCCACAACGUUAAGAGUUGCGAACAGAUUAUGGACAGGGGGUGGAAGAACCGGUCGGUCGGCGCCACUCUU